ACCCUUAACGUUCUUAACUUCCUUUACUUAAUCAAACUCUGAAACUCCUUAUUCAAACUCCGAAUAUAUUUCCAGAAUUCUCCAAUUUUUCCAAAGCCCUAACAACUGAAAACCACCACAUUGCCCAAAUUCUAAAUCGCGAUUGAAGUUUGUUCUUUCUCGCUUCGAACAGACAUUUGGAGAAGCUUAUGGGAGUCGAACGUUGGCACUAGAGUCACGCGCGGGGGAGUUGAACGGUGACCAAAAUAGAUUCUAGGGUACGCGUGUAAAGUGAUCAAAAAUCAAGAGUAGGAUAUGCGAUAGAACUUCGUCGUCCAUAGGAUAUGGGAAUCAGUAAAACAGAAGUAAACUUAAGGAGGUUGCUUGCAGCUGCUCCUCAACAGCAAAACCAGGCAAAACUGGUGCAUUAUGUUGCUACUUUACGUGAACAAUUGGAGCAAUUGGGUGAAGAAAAGACACCAGAGGGCUUACCAAGGAUUUCAAAGGCUACGUUGAUUGAGUACUCAGAGAAGGUUGAAGCCAUUGCUUCCAAAUUAGUUAACCACGUGACUGACCAACAAGUAUCCGAGAAGGCUUUUGAGAGGAGUUUUGUUGAAGAAAACUCUUCUGAAAUUGAGGAAAAAAAGCAGAUACCCCUUUCGUCUGGGUUGAGAAGAAGACCUGUACCCACAUCAUACACAGAAGAUAAAGUACACGACCUUGCUGAGACUGACAAUACAUCACCUGUCAAACUGGAUGCUAGUGCACACGCACACAUUGAAAAGCACAGAAUGCUUCAAGAAGAUUUGACUGAUGAGAUGGUGGUGUUGGCAAAACAACUCAAAGAGAGUAGUCUCAUGAUGAGCCAGAGCCUGCAAAAUACUGAAAAGAUACUUGAUUCUACUGAGAAGGCCAUUGAGCAUAGUUUGGCAAGCACCGGUCGGGCCAAUGUGCGAGCAACGACAAUCUAUUCAGAGAGUUCCAAGACUUCUUGCCUAACAUGGCUUGUGAUGUUUGUGAUGACAUGCGUAUUUGUCAUGGUUAUUCUUCUAAUACGUGUAACAUAGUGCACUUCUAUUUCACUGAGUGAAACAGAUAACUUCCAAUAUAACUUUUCCUAUAAUGUAAAUUUUUAUAUUUCAUUCACUGAUAA